AUGUUGGUGAACGGUGCAGAUGAAAAACCAGAUUCAAAUCUCAGACAAAGAAACAGAGCUCGAAACGAUCAGUCAAAUUCUUACACGGUCAUUUCUCAGUUUGUUGCUCGUCGGCCACGGCUCAGGCUCGGAAGGCAAGAGGAGCCGGAGGUGUUUUACGAGUGUUUGGAGGAGUUUGAGCUCUCAAACCUCGAGAUUCUGAAGAAUGAAGUGGAAUUGGACAAGCAAUGGGUUGCUAUUUCUAUCAGAGCCAUUAAAGCUCGAUUUGAGGAAGAUGAGGAGCUCUCUCGAAUUGUACUCCAGCGGACAAUUCGUGUUCUCGACCACCUAUUCUACUUGGCCUCAGAGAUGCUCAUCGAGUUUAAGUUUUCAAUGGGCGAGUCGGCGGCAUCUCGAAACGCGCUCCUCCUCGAAAAUUCGGAAGUUGUGCGCGUUUUGGACCGAUCGGUUGAUGACUGGAAGGAGCUAAUCUUUCUUCCCACUGAAGACACUGAGCCGAUCGAUAUUCUGAAGAAGUGCCUCUGUGUACUUAGGCGGGCGGCGGUCUCGAGUGGGCAACUGCUGCAGAUUAUGGAGUCCAACAAGAUCCUUCCAACACUGGCUUGA